AUGCCCGAACAAAAGACCGCAGUCAUCACCGGUGCCUCCUCUGGUAUCGGGUACGCCGCCUCCAUCGAAAUGGCCAAGAGAGGCUACCAGGUCUAUGCCUGUGCGAGAAGAUUGGAGCCAAUGGAGGAGUUAAAGAAGUACGGCGUCAAAAUCUUCACUUGUGAUGUUACCGACUUGGAAAGCGUCAAAAAAGCCAAAGCAUACGUGGAAAAGGAAACUAACGGUAAACUUGACGUGUUGUACAACAAUGCCGGCCAGGCGUGCACUAUCCCAGCGAUCGACGCUACUGACGAACAGGCAUUGCAAUGUUUCCAGGCCAAUGUUCUUGGUCCUGUUAGAAUGACACGUGAAUUCUCCUCGCUUUUGAUUGAAGCCAAAGGUAUCAUUGUCUUCACUGGAUCCGUUGCGGGUGACGUGCCUUUACCAUGGGGUUCUAUUUACGGUGCCACCAAGGCUGCAAUUCACCAGUUUGCGGCUGUUUUGCACUUGGAGAUGAAGCCAUUUGGUGUUAGAGUGCUCAAUGUGGUUACCGGGGGUGUCAAGACGAACAUUGCUGACAACAGACCUUUUCCAGAGACCUCUGUCUACGCCUGUGCUGAAUUUGACGCUUCAAUUACCGAAAUGAGGCAGAAGGUUUCCAAGAACCAUCCAAUGUCGGCCGAGGUUUACGCCAAGAAAGUUGUUGACGAUAUUGAGUCCAGUAGCAACAGACUCAAUGUCUAUAGAGGAGCCAAGGCCACUGCUGCGUCUAUUCUUAUGGCUAUCGUCCCGAGAUUUAUCAUUGAGAUGAUCAUUUCGGUGAGCUUCAAGUUGCUGCCACUCGAGGCUGCCCUUCAGAAAAAAUUCUCCAAGAAGGCGGAUUAGUUUAUGCCGAUGACCUCAGUUUGUAGGUAUGUACGUUACAGAUUAUACGACACCGGAGUCAUAUGUAAAGCUGUCUAAGCUUCCAGUACGCAGGGGGUUUAUAAUAAGCAAGAUUUUUUCUGCCAACUAAUUUAGUUUGAAACUUCCCGCUAGAUAUACCGCAAAAUGAGUGGAUGGUUAAAUUAAUAGAACAAAAUUUCAUAAACCAGUUUCAGGCACGCAUGAGAGAAAUAUGUCGAAGAGUGACAAUAUGAUAAUC